GACUGGACGACUUUGGAGGCUUGAAUCUGGAGAUGCUCUUGUGUCUCACCAUCGCAUGGGUCUUGAUUUGGCUGGUCGUCUUCAAUGGUGUGAAGAGUAGUGGAAAGGUGGUCUACUUCACUGCAACCUUUCCAUACCUCUGCCUGGCGAUUUUCCUUGUCCGAGCCUUGACAUUGCCCAAUGCCUUGACGGGCUUGAAGUUCCUCUUUGAACCCGAUUAUAGCCAUCUAUCGGAUCCCCAAGUCUGGAUCCACGGUGCCAUCCAAAUCUUCUUCUCCUUGGGCAUUGGCUACGGAAGCAUCACUUCCUUCGGUUCCUUCGGAAAGAAAUCCGCCAACUUCGUGCGGGACGCAUCUGGAGUGGCUAUCACCAACUGUUGCACAUCACUCAUAGCUGGCUGCGUGACCUUUCCGGUUCUAGGCUUUCUGGCUGCGGAAUUGCACAAGACGGAUCCAUGCAUUGCAGGAGACAGUUUGGAUAGCCUGAAAUCCAUUGGCCUCUCCGGCACAGGGUUGGCCUUUGUAGCUUUUCCCAUUGCCAUCUCUCAGAUGCCGGGGAGCUUCUUCUUCGCAAUCCUUUUCUUCUUCAUGAUGCUGUUGCUGGGCAUUGAUUCGCAGUUCGCCUAUAUCGAGGCGGUGGCCACUGUGCUGAUGGACGCCGGGAUCGGGGACAAGUUGCCGCGGCCGCUGCUGUCAGGCAUCAUUUGCUUCAUUUCCUACAUCAUCGGGUUUCUCUUUGUGACCAACGCGGGUGUCUACUUCCUCGAGCUUUUCGACAAUUAUGUCAGCAUCUAUGUGAUGUUCGCUGUGGGCGCCUUGGAAUGCCUCGGAUUGAUGUGGACCUGCAACGGUGAGACCUGGAGACAAUUCAAGAUCCUCUGCGAAGAAAACACUGGGAUUCGCUUGGGCUGGAUCUCGAAGGCCACCUGGGGCUACAUUUGCCCUGCACUCUGUGUGUUUCUGGUGGUGGUCAGUGUCACGCCACCUUUCGCCAAAGUGGAUGUGAUGAAUGCUCGAAGCUCCAAAGCUUUUCCGGAAGGAACUGGCUACUUCCCGGAGUGGAGCAUUGCAGUGGGAUGGAUCCUGGCUACAGUCCCCUUUGCCCUGAUGCUUGUCGUGGCCGUCUGGCCCAAUGUUUUGAAGAGCAGUCGGGCCGGUGGCUCAACCAUCUUCGACGAGAUGCCCAAGUGA